CGACGCCAUAAAUUUUUGUUCAACUGGAUUCAGUCGGUUGUGGACGUGGACAAGCCAAGCAAGCGAACAAGAAGCAAGGCGAUAUGACUGCCAACGAAGAAGAGCAGCAGCAGCAGCAGCAGGAAGAACAGCAGGCACCAAAGGAGCCACAGCAGUUUAAACUGCUUCCGUUCGUCGUUGGACUGCAACGACAGCAUGGUCUGCGCCAUGGCGACUUUCAGCGUUACAGGAAAUUCUGUACGCGUCGCAUGCACCGCGUGCGCAAGAACUUGAAGUUCACGCAGGGGAAGCGCAAGUUUGUGCAGACUCGCGUGGGUUUGAAGCAGGUGCAGAAGGCGGUCAACUUCCUGGAAAUCCCCGUGCUAUCGGCGGAGCGCGCGUGGGCUUACUUCCGCGAAGAUAAACAACUGUCGAAGCAAGAGACGCGCAAGCUGCACCACGCGGGACGUCGCCUGCGUAAGGCCAUCACGUGGGCGGACGAGGUUGUUCGCCUCGUCUCCAAGUCCAAAGCCUUUGACUCUCUCACCGCCCUCGAGGCCCAGGCGUAUGCGGACUGGCUGCAUGCGCUCACUGCAUUUGAGUCGAAGCAGUGGAAGGAUGCCGAGUCGCUGUUUUCCCGCGCAAAGCAGACAUACACGCAGCUCCUCAAGCUCGCUGCCUCAGAUGAGGAGGAGAAAAUCUACGAAAGGAAGGUGCAGGAGCUUGAUGCGAGUGCGCGCUACUGUCUGUACAAUCUCGAAGGGACGGGCGACAUCAAGUCGCUGCUUGAACUCCGCUCCGCCCUCGACACAGACGAGAUGGACCUGCUCUCCGACCAGCUCGAUUCUGCGCUGACGGCCAAACGACAGGAAGACGGCAACACCAUCAAGGAGCUUGAGUGGCUUGACCGCACAGUGCCGCUCAAGAGCUCGCGUCUUCGCGCACAAAUCACCGCCGUGCACGCAAAGGCCGACGACAUCAAGCAGCUGCCGAGCGACGAGGACGAGAAGACGAUGAUGGCGGCGUACGAUGCGCUGCUCAUGGCAUUUGGCGACGCCCUCGCAACCACAGACGACCUCGCAGACGAGGAGCUGAAGGCUGCUGGCGGGCUGACGUCAGACGCAAUCAAGGAGAACCUUGCGCAACUGCAGUUUGUGCGGGCGUAUCUGGAGUUUCACCGGCUGCAGCACACGCUCGACCGCAACCUGGCGAUGAUUUCGCGGUGCAUGCGGGCAUACACGGGCGAGGACGACGGCAGCCGUCCAGAGGAUAUUGUUCGCCUCUUCGAUCUCGCAGCACAGUCGCUGGACGAGAUGCUCGAGGUUGAGUUUGCCGAGGAGGACGACGCCUUUGUUGCCCGCGCAGACGCCUACAAGCCAUACUUCCGCGCCAUGCGCUGCUUCUACAUUGCGGAGUCCUUCCGCCUUCUCGGAAAGCUGCGCGAAGCGCUGGCGAUGUUUGACCGCGCGUCCGAAGUUGCUGCCGUCGCGCGAACAAAACUCCAGGCCCAGCCCGCAGAGUUUGCAGAGCCGCUGCUGGCUGCGCUGGACAGCGUGCAGGUGCGCAUGCGAGCGGUGCGCGUGGGCAUGCAGGCCGGCGCAUUCCUCCAGGCGUCGCGGCGCCAAGAGGACGAAAGCGCCGCUAGGACGGACGAGGAGGGGGCGGUGCCCGACGACGACGCAGACCGCCUCGCUGACGUGCCGCUGUCUGAGACGAUCAACACGCUGGACACGUCUGCAGCCGUCCUCAAGCGCCCGCUGCUGCAGUUCCCGCCAGAGUUCCAGGCAAUGUCGUGCAAGCCGCUGUUCUUCGACAUGGGCAGCAGCCAUCUUGCCUUCCCCAACGUUGGCGACCGCACCCAAUCCCAGACCGAGGCAACCGUCAGCGCCGUCACAAGCAUGUUCUCAUCGUGGUGGGGCGGCAACAAGUCCGAUGCGUAAAGACCGUGGUGUCGUGAUGUAAUGGCACGUGAAGUUGUUGCUGUUGUUGUUGUUGGUGGUGGUGGUGGUGGUGGUGGUGGUGUGCGUGUGGAUGGUGGUGUGCGUGUGCAUGUGCAGUGGUGUAGUGUGAUUGCCAUGUCGGUACCUUCUUUCGCAUGUGUGUGUGUCUGUGUGUCUGCUUAUCCUGGUGCUUAGCGCUGACUGUUGGUGCCAGUGCUGUGUUGUUGAACGUCGUUUAUGGUCUCGAUGGUGACAAUCAGCAAAGCAAUAAAGAGCAGGAGCAACA